AUGUCAAGCAACUCAGAGGAUACGAUCGAAGUAAUUGAGACGGCAUCCGCGGUGCUGCAAUCGAAACGACUGGAGAUCAGCUCGCACUUCAAAGAACGUAUCGUGGCGACGAAGGUUAAGGCCCUCGCCGCGAAGUCAGGAGAAUGUCCUUCAACGACAGCUGCAGCACCAAAUCAAUGGGGCCAUGAGAAGGCGAUCUCUGCCACUGCACAGCUCAAAAUGCUGACCCAGCUGGUCACAUUACUGCUGAAGGCAAUGGAGGAGCAGAAACAGGAACAUGCAGCCCAAAUGCAAACACUCACGAAAACGUUCACCCAACAGAUUGAUGCACUCAAAGCAGAGGUCACGGAAAUGACGGAAAAGAUUCAGACCUGGCUAUCCGAUAUCCAAGCAUCUAGCCCCUCCCCAUCAUACGCAGAGGUUGCUCGCACACCACCGAACAGCUUGCUGAGCAACGUACGAACCCUCUCAUCGAUGGGAACCAUGCCGUCCAAAAUAACUGACACGCUGUACUGUACAAUUGCUUCAAGAGUUGGGGGAAAAAGAGAGGAACAAUGUAUUUAA